CUGCAUAAUUUAAAAUUCAUUCUUUUCCAGUGUUACAGAAAUGGAACCCCAUCACAACCCACCACCGUCCAUCGCCUUCCACCACCACCACGACGGCGGCGCCGGCGGAGCCUGCGUCAACUGCGGUGGACCUACCGCGUUCCCAUCACCGCCUCCUGAUCCUAACCCCAACUACAUCCCCAUCCGUGCUCCAGCCGUCAACCUUCCACCAGCCAAUAACAGAGAAAUCAUCAUGCGAACACCAGUUCCUCAAUCACAGAGAGUCGUUCCGUUAACUCCUCCUUACCAUUUCCAAACUCCGGUGAAGAAAAUCCACAACCAAAACGACAUCGUUCAGUUUCAAUCAUCUCCCACUUGCCAGAACUUUCUCGGGUUCGUGGUUUUACUAUCGGAGUCUAUUCGUUCACAUAAACUCUCAGAUCCUUGCCAUGAGUCGCCUGUAGUGUUAGCCAUUGUUUCUGUGCUUGAAACCCUAAGUGUCUACGUGGAUGAGAUCCCUUUAGCACCACAAUCGUCUCGAUAUGGGAACUUGGCGUACCGGACAUGGCAUGAACGUAUGAGUUGUGAUGCUGAGUCAUUCUUGCUUCAGUUUCUGCCUCCGGAUCUUCACUCGGCUACUGUUGAGCUUGUUCCUUACUUUACUGAUAGCUUUGGCAACUCCAGCAGAAUUGAUUAUGGUACCGGACAUGAGACAAAUUUUGCAGCAUGGUUGUAUUGUUUAGCAAGAUUAGGAGUUGUGAAAGAAGAGGACUAUCAAGCUCUGGUGUCAAGGGUUUUUGUCAACUACUUGGAUUUGAUGAGGAAGUUGCAAGUAACCUAUUGCCUAGAGCCUGCUGGGUCCCAUGGGGUUUGGGGACUAGAUGACUACCACUUCUUACCUUUUAUAUUUGGGUCAUCUCAGUUGAUUGAUCACAAGUACAUGAAACCAAAAUCUAUUCACAACAAAGAUAUCUUGGAGAACUUUGCAAAUGAAUAUCUUUAUCUCUCAUGUAUUGUGUUCAUAAUGAAGGUGAAGAAGGGAGUGUUUGCAGAGCACUCGCCCAUGUUAGAUGACAUUAGUGGUGUACCCAAUUGGAACAAGGUAAACAGUGGCUUACUUAAGAUGUACAAGAUUGAAGUUCUGCAGAAGGUUCCUAUCAUGCAGCAUUUCCUUUUUGGCUCCAUUAUCCAAUGGUAUGCAUCUUAUUUUCACCUUUUUCUCUAAGCUUUAUAAAUAUAUUGGU